AUCUGCUUCUCCAAGGGACUGAGACUAUAAGAAGAGGCUGAAGAAUCUGCUUCUCCAACGGAAUAAGAAUAUAAAAAGAGACCUAAGAAUCUGCUUCUCCAAGAGACUAAGAAUAUAAGAGAAGACCUAAGAAUCUGCUUCUCCAAGGGACUAAGACUAUAAGAAGAGGCUGAAGAACCUGCUUCUCCAAGGUGCUACAUCCAUCAGAAGAGACCUCUCCAAGCUCCUCCAUCCGUAAGAUGUUUUUCUCCGAAAGGAGGCUCUCUGGCCAGGUCUCGCGCUUGCUGGUGGUGGGCGGCCUGAUGCUCUGUGCCGUCGGGGUGCUGAAAUACUCCAGCUCGGAGUGCGAAUUCAAAGACCUGGGCCAGGACAGCACUGACAAGAGGAGCCAGUACUGCAAGGACCAACUCUAUGAGUCUAUCCGCCUGCCCCGCCAGGGAAACGUCAGCUGUUCUCAGCUCGUCCGUGGAGACCCCGAUGCCAUCCGUGAUGCUCUGCUGAGCCGGCUGCAACGGAACGCCAACGUGGUCCACUUGGAGGAAGCCCACUACCUCAACAUGACCAAGGACUGUGAGCUUUUCCGAUCCAGCAGGAAAUAUAUGGAGUUCCCGCUGAGCAAAGAGGAGGAAGAGUUCCCCAUCGCGUACUCCAUCGUGCUCCACGACAAGGUGGAGAUGUUUGAGCGGCUGUUGAGGGCCAUCUACGCCCCGCAGAACGUCUACUGCGUCCAUGUAGACGCCAAGUCUCCGCAACCUUUGCAAGAAGCGGUUCGGAGGAUCGUGUCCUGCUUUGGGAACGUCUUCCUGGCCUCCAAGCAGGAGCGGGUGGUGUAUGCCUCCUGGAACAGGGUCCAAGCCGACCUGAACUGCAUGGAGGACCUUCUCCGAAGCCCGGUCAAGUGGCGCUACCUCCUCAACACCUGCGGGACCGACCUGCCCAUCAAGACCAACGCGGAGAUCGUCCAAUCCCUGAAGGUGCUGAACGGGAGGAACAACAUGGAGGCGGAGAAGCCCUCGGAGUACAAAGCGGGCCGCUGGAAGUAUCACCACGAAGUGACCGACUCCGUGGUCCGGACCCAGACGGAGAAGAGCCCUCCUCCGCAAAGUUCUCCCAUGUUCACAGGGAACGCCUACGUGGUGCUCAGCCGGGGCUUCGUCCAGCAUCUCUUCCAAGACCCGAUGGUGAAGCGGUUCAUCGAGUGGUCCAAAGACACCUACAGUCCCGACGAGCACAUCUGGGCCACGCUGCAUCGCAUGCCGGGGGUGCCAGGCGGGGUCCCCUUCAACAGCAAGUUUGACCUGACGGACAUGAACGCCAUCGCGAGGCUGGUGAAGUGGUCCUACACCGAGGGGGACGUCACCAAGGGGGCCCCGUACCCGCCUUGCACGGGGGUCCACAGGCGGGCCGUAUGUACCUAUGGGGCGGGUGAUCUCCACUGGAUGCUCAACCAGCACCAUCUCUUUGCCAACAAAUUUGACUCCCAAGUUGACAAUUCCGUCAUUGAAUGCUUGGAAGAAUACCUGCGUUACAAAUCCAUACAUGGAAGAACACUCUGAUCGAAUCCUAGAACCACCGGGGCCAUCCAAUCCAACCCUGUUCCGUCAUGGAGGAAUAUCCAGUCUAAGCCUUCCCGACAGUCUCUGCUUCAAAACCUCCAGAGAAGAAGACUCUGAUGGACUCUAAGGUGGCAUCUUCCACUGCUGGAAAAUCUCUUAUGAUCAGGAUGUUGUUCUUCAUGUUUUUCUGAUGUUUGAAUCCAUGGCUCCAUUGUAUCUCAGUCUUCUUCCUCAAUGGGACCUCCUUUCAAGGUCUCCUCUCAACCUUCUCUUCUCCAAGCUGAAGCUUCCUAGCACUCUUCAGGGGGACUCAUAGCAUCCAAACCUUUGACCAUUUUUAGUGACUCUUCUCUGGACACCUUCAAACCUUUCCAUCUCCUUCUUGAAUUGCUUCGGCCAGAACUGGACACAGGGUUCUUCAAGAUGAGGACGUCUGACCAAAGCAGAAGAGAUUGGGAGGAUGACUUCCCUCGAUCGAGACUCCGAUGGAUGCAGCUUGGAACCACGUUGCAUCACGCUCCUAGCUCAUGUUCAGCUUGUGGUCUGCUAAGACUCCUAAGAUCCCGUUUGAGCCCAUAUCUGUGUAUUUCAUUGCCUAAGAGUAGUACCAUACAUCUCUCCCGGUUGAAAUUCCUUAUGCAGUUUCUUAUAUUGCACCCGUUCCAAACUCUUUGAAUUUUGGAAACACUGAAAAAGGCAACGAUCUGUGAAUUAUGAUCAGAAACACCUACCUGAGGAUGUUGCAAGAGGUGCACAAUGGACACAUACUGUGCCCGGGGCAAAGCGCAUGGGUGGAGGAAAGUGACUAAGGAUUAAGUUCAACUUAGUUUCAUUCAAACUGAUGCUGAAGGCUAGGUCUCUUAGUCACUCUCCCGGCUGACGCUGGUUUCUUGCCCGCAGAGAAAAUGUACAUUGAAGUCACAGAUGGUUGGCUUUUCAAAUGUGUCUGUUUGUUUUAUAUAGCAAAUGAAGGUAUGUAUGGAAAGAACUCAGCAUUUUGUUGGUUGCUACGGUCUGUUUGCUUUCAUACAAUUCAUUUUUCUGUAGGAGAAAUGAGGAUGCAUUGUAUGGCUUGGGUGUAGAUUGUAUUUAUUACUAGCUUGGGUUGAGUUAUUUGAAAAAGUCAGUGUUUUAAUUGUACAAAAUGCAUAAGGUUGUGGGAGAACUACAACUCACUUUAUUCCAAGUUAACCCCCAGAAAUUUCAUCAGUACUUUACGUUUGUGAUGUUGGGCAAGUUUGUUCUGGCUGCAUCAUGGGUGGG